GUGAGGCCUCAGCUGCAUGCAUACGGCCAAAUUUGCUCCACACCUUUGAGUCCACAGGUCUGGUGAACUACACCAGAGGCUGCCGGUGUAGCACAGUUAAAUAUGAAGCUCGUGCCUGCAAACCUGUGAGUUCUGGUUUGUUUGCAGACUGUUCAGAAAGAAGCAGCUCAGACACUGCCUCCUCUUGCCCUUAGUGCCUGCCCCUCCUUGGCUCAAGAACAUCACGUACUGAUCCCACACCCACCAAGCGCUGCACAGCUUCUGCAGCAAGUGCGGGAUGGAGUUUCCACGCAUCCGUCUCUGACCUCUGGAUUUAUAGUUUUGCCUCACACUGCCUGGACGAGGGGAAAUUUUCCUGAAGGUAAAGCCCACGGAUACAUGGAGGCUUCCUUACUCUCAUACGAUUCUACGCUCAGCUUUAAACAAUUCAGCGAAUUUACUAUUUACAUGUUGGAUGUUUAUGGUUCUACAGACAUCUGUUCCAGGUGGAGCCAUAUUUGCCUGUUGCCAGGGGGACGAAGGUCACAUGACAUCUAGCCCACCAAUCAGAAGUGAAGACUCCACGAGAUCGGACCACCCUCCUCGCUCUUUGCACUCGGAGCUCGACUGAGGUACCGUCUGCAGCCGUGCUCUCCGCGUCUGAAGUAGAACCUAGCGUUAUGGCCACCCAGUCGUGUUUGGAGAAGGAGCAGAAGCCACAGCAGGUGGCUGUUACGCCCCCAAGGUCCGUGUCUUCGCCGCCAUCUUCUCCAAGGUCUCAACCCAGCAGCUCGGCUUCUCUGAGGAACCACGCGUCGCAGCUGGGUCCUGGCCCUCACCUCCGCAGCGGUGCAGCCAUGCAACACCCUGCGCUCCAGGGCAGCAUCACCCCAUCAGGUCCUGUUCUCCGCAGUCAGGCAGCCAGGCCAGGCCCUGCUCUCCGUAGCCACACAUCCAGGUCCGGUGCAGCUGAUAAGCGCCCUGCUCGCUUCUGCUGUACUCCCGAGCCAGGAGCACCUCGUCGCAGUCGCCGUCUACCCGGGCUGAGCCCUGCUCUUGGGCGUCAAGCAUCAGCACCAGGCCUUGCUCAACGCGGAAGUCGUGCACCCCAGCCAGGCCCAACUCGCCGUGGUAUACCCGAAGCAGGCCCUGCUUUCCGCCGCUACAGUGCUUCCGCGCCUGGCCUCAAUGGUCGUGGAAGCCCUGUUUCUGUGCCUGGCCCUGCUCGUCGCGGUCGCCCUGCCUCCGCGCCUGGCCCUAAUCAUUCCGUUCAGCCACUUUUGGCGCAUGGCCGUGAUCGUCGCAGUGGCCCUGCUUCCACGUCUAGUGUUGCGCCUCAUCGCCGCGGCGGUUCCUCAGCUGGCCGUGUUCGUCGUGGCAGCUCUGCUUUGGCGCCUGGCCCUGAUCCUCGUGGCGGCCCUGCUUCCGCGGCUGGCCCUGCUCGUCGCCGC